GUCCUAAGCUUCAAAAGACUUUCGUCGCAAUCAAGAGUUUGAGCAUUGGAAACUAUUAAAGAAGAUUGAUUGACCAUUGUUGUAUUUUACUGUCGCAUAGUUUACUUCAUAGCUUGCGAUAUGUCUAGUGAGCUUGAACCAGAAACCGUAUAUGACAUGGUUGUAGUACACCGAGAAAAUGAUGUUCGUGUAGUGACACUGCAGUUAUUUCAGCUAUACACUCUCCGUAAACUUGGUCGCCAUUUCAAACCAGUCAUACCCUUUGGUCCUCACCUCUUCGGAAGUGGAAAGACAAAAUUCGUACAAAGUUACUUGGAACUGGUGAAUAGUAUGGGUGAAAGUGCACUGAUAGGUCUCGAUUACGUUUAUGAGUCUGAGAAGGCCAACCGAAGAGGUUUCCUGGAGAAAUUAAAAAGGGCUUCGUUGCUCUUUGUGGACUUGAGGAGGUUGGAGCCCACAGUCCCCAUAGAGUUUUUUCGAAACCUGAAGUGGGCAGUCUACUAUUUGUUAAUAAAGGCUGCCUGCUCUCAAGUUGGCGCGGAAAUUUUGCGAAAAAAAGAAGCCUUCGAAAUGGUGGAUAUGGAACCCUCCAACCUAGUUCCACUCUUACGAGAUAUACUAAGGAUUCCU